AUGACCUCGCUUCCAUACAAGACGGCGGAUGUCGAUGACCUGGCCGAUAUCCCAUUGAGCGACAUUCAAACACCUCGUCAUCAUCCACAACCCAUCCCAGCCAGAACAUCCGACGAAUCCGUCGCAGGUCCUCCUCCUCCUCCUGCUCACAUCCUUCAUCACCAUCGCGCCAGUGACCCUCGCUACUAUGAGGCUGUCGAACCCGCCAACCAGGCUGGCUAUCCACUCUAUCCUCACAACAGCACCGCUAGCCACGACAACGCCAGCGCCAGUGGUAGCAACGGCGACUCGUCGAAUGCCACCACAAAGAACGGAUGGACUGCCAACCAGGAUACGCUUGUCGAGCGUAAUCAUCGGCCCACAAAGAUUGCUCUUCCAACUCAUCACGACCCCUUUGAGCCACCUCAGGCACCUUUUGCCGGUGCAGAAGCUUUGAAUGGGAGAACAAGCCGUGCCAGCUCCAUCGCUAGUUCAGCCGACGAAUCCGAAGACUUUGAUUGGGACACCGACAGCGACGCCCAAGAUGAAGACGAGGAUGCAGCAAGAAAGAGUAAAGGCAGAAGCAAGAAAGUCACUCGUGCCAAGCGUGGUCGAAAGAUCUAUCUUGCCUGCAUCAGUCUUGCUCGUCCCGUUCGUAUCUUCCUUGCAGCCUUGAUCGGUACUGCUGUCUGUCUCGUUCCAUUCAUCGUCGUCACUGUUACCGAUAAUCAGAGUCCCGCACGUGCUCAGGUCCUUGUCUGGAGUAUCUGGAUUGCUAUCAUUUGGGCUGCCAGUUGCGGUACCUUCCUUGUCGUUGACUGGCUCCCUCCCGUCGCGCUCCGGCUCGUCAUUGCUGUCUACGGCAAAGCACCCGAGAUCGUCAAGACCUACAUCGAAGCAUUCAUGGCCACCACGCUCUAUGUCAAGCUGGUACUAUGCAUCACUUGGGCUUGGAUCUCGCUCAGUGGUGUGCUUGCCAUUCAGUACUCAUCUUCAACCCGACCAAGCUACUGGCGUACCGUCUUCAUGGUCAUCCGCGCGCUUUUCGCGACAAGCAUCAUCUUGCUCGUAGAGAAGGUCGCGCUGCAGUUUAUCGCCAUCAACUUCCACAAAACUGCCGUUAAGGACCGUCUUGAGCAGAACCAAAAAGCACUCAAGGCACUCGACAAGCUGCACGAAUCCAAGUAUCUCAUGCAGAAGAGUGCCCGUGCUCGCUUCAACCCCAUGCGCAGUCGACCUGCCUCUCCCGGCUACAAGCUGGCUUACAGUCAGCACGCCGCCAAGCAGUCUCGAGAUGGUCUUGGUGGCUACUUUGCUGCUCCUCAGCAGGCCGAUGCCAACGCAGCUGCACAGUCCGAAGAGAAGCUCCCAUCUGGCGGUCAUCACCACCACUUCUCGAUGCAUCGCAGCCAUGAGAACAGCCACAGCCACAGCCACAGCCACAGCCACACCCCCUCCGAGCACCACACACGCAAGGCCGAGCGCAAGACCAACAUUGCUUCUCAGAUCAGCGACGCCAUUGCUAUGGCCACAAUGAAGGACAGCAAGCUCUACAAGGGCAACCAGCUCGGUUCGCAGCGUUCGGCACGCAAGCUCGCCAAGCUUCUCUUCACCAACCUUUCCGAUCACAAGUCAACUCUGGUGGCUCAAGAUUUUGUUCCUUACUUCAAGAGCGAAGAAGAAGCAUGUGAGGCAUUUAAUCUAUUCGAUGCGGACCGCAACGGUGAUAUCAGCAAGGAAGAGAUGCGUGAAGCCGUUCAACGUAUCUAUCGCGAACGACGUGCACUUUCCACUUCGCUCAAGGAUAUGUCCUCUGCCAUUUCCAAGCUGGAUGGUGUGUUGAUGUUCAUCGGUCUCAUCAUCGUCGUCUUCAUCUGGUUGCUCAUCUUUAACGGCGAUUCGGCGGUGUCCAACAUCGUACCGCUUUCGACCUUCGUUGUCGGUUUCUCCUUCAUCUUUGGUAACUCGGCCAAGAACAUCUUUGAAAGUAUGAUCUUCAUCUUUGCCACUCACCCUUACGAUGUAGGAGACUUGGUCUGCAUCGAUGAGGAAUGGAUGUUUGUCAAAGAGUUCGGAUUGCUCUCCACCACUUUCAGAACGACAGUCAACGCCGAGAUCGUAGCACCGAAUGCGAUGUUGGCUACCCAGAAGUACAUCUACAACUCGCGACGAAGUGGCGCUCAAUGGGAAGUCACCAUGAUCCAACUUUCGUUCGACACUUCACUCGAAUCGAUCGAACAGCUCCGUCUCAAGUUACGCGCUUGGGUGAAAGAGAACGAUCGAGAGUUUGGCGGUGGAUUGGAUCUCAACUUUAACUCGAUCACACAGCAGAAUGCAGUCGAGUUGGUGGUGGCCUUUGAACAUAAAGGUAACUGGCAAGAUUGGGGUGCUAGGUGGGAACGAAGGACAAAGUUGAUGAGAAGGAUCAAGACGGCUUGCGAAGAGUUAAGGAUCGUUUACUCGAUGCCUCCUCAGCCUAUUACUUUCCAUCCUAGGUCAGGGCCUUCGCCGUUCAAGUUGGGGAAUAGUAGUGCAGGGAUUGACGGGUCGCACAGGUCAUCCCUGUCGUAG